AUAUCGGGUGUAUAAAAUUGCGCGGAGAUGGGCAGAGAAAGGGGCUCUUUCAAGUUCUGCGAUUUUAAGUGUUGAGAGAGAGAACGAGAAGAAGAUAGAGAGAGAGAAGGAGGUUUUUCGGUGGGAGCGCUUAUCCGUUUCUGUUGCCAAAAGGUUUUUGUGUUUUCUCUGGUUUUUAGAGAGAGAAGGAUCUUCUUGUGCUUUUGUGUGGGCUUGUAGAGAGAGAAAAACAGGGGUUUUGGUCUGAGGGCUUAUUCCUUUCUACUACGAAGAGAUUUUGGCAUUUUUUUGUGGUGGUUGUCUUUUGCCAUUGUGACUAUGGUUUCACAGUUGACAGGCGUGGCUCCUGAUGUAAGGAUGGCUUCUUGCGACCGAAUUCCUGCGACUAAGGUGGAUGUGGGGAUGCCAAAGGACAUGGCCAGGAAAAAGAAGACCAAUCGGUCGGCUAAAUUGAAGCAAUGCAAGCUUGAUGCCAGGCGUGAACAAUGGUUAUCUCAAGCGAAUAAGAACAAGGGGUUUAAAGAGGAGAGUGGGGCUUCUCCUCCAUCCACACCAUCCACUCCCCCCAUUGAGGAACAAACCAGACCCCUGCAAAAUUCAGAUACGAGAGCUACUAAAAUCUCAUUUGAGGACGAAAUCGAAGAAGGAUCCAACUUCUCUGAAUCUCCAAUCAACAGCCCCAAAGCCCCUGACACCGCCCCUAGUUCCGAAAUUGGUCCCACUGAAGAAAGGCCGGGCAGCAGUGGCAGUGGCAGUGGCAGUUUCUUUGGUAGCAUAAGUGAAGAUGAAGAUGGGAGCCUUGAUGAUUGGGAAGCUGUCGCCGAUGCCCUUCAAAUUUCGCCCAGGAUUUUUCCAGAAAUUUCAGGAAAACCAGUAGAGACCAACACCACCAAGCCCUCAUUGUAUCCUAAUGGGGGGGCACCGGUUGGAAGCUUGAAACCCGACUACAAGCCCAAACCGAGCCAUUUCGAGAAUCGAACUGCUCGGGCAUGGAGACCUGAUGAUGCCUCUCGACCCAUCUCUUUGCCCACCUUAUCAAAACAGCGAAGCUUUCCAAUGAAUUUGGACAGGCAUUGUUUGCAUGGAUCUAUGAAUUGGGCCUCUUCUCAUUCCACCCCAUCUUCUUGCCCCAUUUGUUACGAGGAGCUUGAUGUCACUGAUACUAGCUUUUUUCCUUGUGCAUGUGGAUUUCGACUGUGCCUGUUUUGCCACAAGAGGAUUCUUGAGGCAGAUGGGCGGUGCCCUGGGUGUCGGAAGCAUUAUGCUCCUCCUGCGAGCCCUGCAACGGCUCCAUUGCGGCUGCCCCGCUCUUGCAGCAUGCGCACUCGGGCUUAGUGGAGGGUUGGGUCCUUUUUAUUAUUAGAAAUCGGCUGUCCGUGUGUGUAAGAAUAUUGCUUUAGUUCUAUGUGAUGAAAAUGAUACUAGUAAGAGAAUUUCUAGUGAAAUUGUGAAUAUAGGGUUAGUAUUCAAGCAUUGGAUAACAUGAUCCAGGGUCUUUGUGAACUGGGUUCGUAUCUGUAUGUUGCAUGCAUAUGCUUCUGUAGAGAUUAUAGUGGGUUUGUGAAUUGAUGAUAAAAGGGGACGGACAUUUUUGCGAGAGUAAUGGCCUUUUUCUCAUAUGUUUUCCUAU